ACGUUUUAACGGCGUCCGCCGGCUUCACGCAGGUCUGGGUCAAACUGGUCUGUUCUGUGCUGCGGGAUGGUUGUGUAUUUCUAAAAAAAAAAGCACUAAAUAAUUGCAUUUCACGAUAGCAUUUCACUUUAAGGUGUCUAAUCGGUCGGCGGAUCUGAUCUCGGUGAAGAUGAACGGAGCGGCCUUUCCCUCUCCCACAGCCGAGAUGGCGGAGAUGAACCGGAUCCACUAUGAGCUGGAGUACACAGAAGGCAUCAGUCAGAGAAUGCGUAUUCCUGAGCAGCUCAAAGUGGCUCCGUACGAGUCUGAAGGACAGGAUCUUCCAGAGCAUGAGACCCUCCACACGGCAAUGAUGCACGUUCCCGAGAGAAUCGUGAUAGCAGGAGACAGCGAUGACAUGCAGUUUCCCAGAGAUCUAGACCUCAUCCAGUCCACCACGCUGGAGUCAACGCUGUCCCUCAAGACACCACCUCGGGUCCUGACGCUCAAUGAAAGGCCCAUCGACUUCCUUGAAAUGGAGCAGUCGAGCUCCACCGGUCACCCCAAUGAAGAAGUGCGCACGCAAUCCAGGUCACGUAGAGAGCGCUCGGUCAGCGAGAACACGGGCGUGCAUCACAAUGGCCAGCUCGCCAGAAACGAGUCCAUGGGUAUGACUCCCUCCCCCUCUGCUGCAUUGCGCACUGCAUUGGUUCCUCUCGGUGGGGCCGAGGAUGGCAAUAACCUCUUCAGCGCCCGCGGCGUCCUUUCCUUCAUCCAGUCCACCACACGCCGGGCCUACCAGCAGGUCCUGGAGGUCCUGGACGAGAACCAGCGCAGCAAGCCAUCUCUUAGAGGGGGUUCAACUCUCUCUAACCCUCAGCAUGACAACAGGCAUGCCCUGGCCACGCUGGACUCGACUCUGGAGGCAGGAGCAGACGACAUGGCCGUUGUGGAUGCCACUUCUCUACGUAGACAGAUUGUCAAGCUGAACCGACGUUUGCAGCUUUUGGAGGAGGAGAACAAAGAGAGAGUCAAGCGAGAAAUGGUCAUGUAUUCCAUCACUGUAGCUUUCUGGCUUAUCAACAGCUGGGUUUGGUUCCGUCGCUGAAGCUACAUGGACUCAAUGUGGGAGGGGCCAAAAUCAAAACUCCGCCCCUCUGUUCUACGUGUCAAACUUUAGCUGUGUUUUUUAAUGGCUAAAAUGUUUUAUUUUCUUCACAGUAAGAGCUGUAAAGUCAGAGUUAGCUUUUGUGUUGUUGUUUGGAUCUGUCUGGUUUCAUUUUAUUAUUAUAAAUAUGUAUUUAUACUUUUUUUGUAUUAUUUGUACAACUGUACAAUUGUUCCUUUUCUUGGUUUUGUACAUUUUUUAAUUAAUUUUCUUUUCUUUUCUUUUUUUCUUUUUUUUUGCGUAAAUCAAGCAUGAACCAGAUGUAUAUAUUACUUCACAUGUCUUUAAGCUUUGGGUGUAAUCAUUUAUUUUUCCAUAGGUUUACAAUAUAAAUUAGUACAAUAUAAUGUCAACUUUUACAAAGACCAAUGGAGUGGAAUGCACUGAUGUGGCAUAGUCAAACGAAAAACAUAUAAUAUUAAAAAAUAAGAAUAUUUACAUACUGUUGUAAUUUUAGGUACAUUAUGUACAUCUGUAUGUUACUUGCAACCAUACUUGUUAAGUGUGAGUUUAGUCCUGGUCAUUAUUUAUGUACAUUAUUGUAAUAUGCUGAUGUUGGUAUUUCUGCUUGUUUUCUGCAGGAUAUUACUGAAAUGAUACACAUUCAGAUUUCCUCUCACAGAGCCAUGAACAUUGUAUUACAAACGCUUUUAUUUGAAUAAAUUACAACAGUAGUGAGCCGCA